GGGUCUGUGUUUUCUCAUGCCAUCCCAUGCCAAGGUGGUGUAACGCGAGCACAGAGAGAGAGUGUGAGGUGGGGGGUGGGAGUGGGGUGGUUGGUUGCGGUUGGAGAGCAAGCUGGUUUGUUGGGAUGGUUGUGACCAUGUUGGUGACGAAGGCGUUGGGGGGCUGUUAGCUUUAGAAGGCGGGUGCUGUCUGGAUCCAUGUAAAAUUAAUAUCCUCUGGACUUUGCCUUUGCACUAGAUUGGAACUUGUCUAUUUGGCUAAUGAUGUGCCUUCUGCUUGCACCGCACACAGUCCACCCCCCAAUCCUUUCUCCACUACCAGCCACCAACCAUCCACACCCCCACCUCUUUGCUUCUCCCCCUGCCAUCUCUCUCUUCCCUCCCUUUGAGCACUGGGAGCGUGCGUAUUGGCUGGGCUGCGAGAGACUCCGUGCCAAAUAGGUGGGCCCUCUGCAUGUUGGCACAGACUCAGUCAAUGGUUAGAGACGGAAAGUGGAGAGGAAGAGAGAACGGGAGAGCCAGAGUUGGAGAGAAAGAAGGGGGAAAAAAGAAGCUCCACUCGGGUUUGCCAGUGGUCGUGCACAGUCUUCCAACAUUUACUCGGUCCUCUUGUUUUUUUUUUUUUCUCCUUUUCUUCUUCUCCUCCGUUCGCACCCCCCUUGUCCAGCUCUUCUCUCUCUCUGUGACUCCUUUGCAGAUUAGAAUACAACCAAUAACACGUGCAGUUUUGCCAACCAUUUUUUUCUUUUUUCAUCGAAACAUUUUUUUUUCUGCACAUUUUUGCGAACAAAGAAGAAUGUUUUGAUUUUUGACAAAUGUAUUUUUUUUUUUCUGCUUCAUUUAUUUGAAUUUAUUUUCUCACUUCUGAGUCUAUUUUAUUUUAAUCGCUUACAUAGAAAGUUGCAAAACUUAUCUGGACUCUCCUACCGUUGUGCUUUUGAGCAGCAUCUUCUCCGCUCUGUGAUCUUGCUCCAGUACCUCUUGUGUUCCUGUGCUUGUAUUGCACUCUCCUCUUUCUCAGAUUUUCCCCCCCUGCUGCUUUUAUUGGACAGUUUCUCAGCUUCUGUUUUUUUUUAUUUUUUUUUCCUUUCGUCUUUUGUUUUGCAAUAUUCACAGCAAUACUCCAGCGCUCAACAAUCCAGUCACUGCACUGGUUCCGCAUUUUAGGUUUUCCCACAAUCGAUGGAGUGAAUUUAUGAUGAAAGAGCGAAAUGGAUGAAUUCCACCCCUUCAUCGAGGCCCUUCUGCCCCAUGUCCGCGCCUUCGCCUACACCUGGUUCAACCUGCAGGCCCGCAAGCGCAAGUACUUCAAGAAGCACGAGAAACGCAUGUCCAAGGAGGAAGAGCGUGCGGUGAAGGAUGAGCUACUCGGGGAGAAGCCAGAGAUUAAGCAGAAGUGGGCCUCGCGCCUGCUGGCCAAGCUCCGCAAGGACAUCCGGCCCGAGUUCCGCGAGGACUUUGUGCUCACCAUCACAGGCAAAAAGCCCCCCUGCUGCGUGCUGUCCAACCCUGACCAGAAGGGCAAGAUCCGUCGCAUUGACUGCCUGCGCCAGGCCGACAAGGUGUGGCGGCUGGACCUGGUGAUGGUCAUCCUGUUCAAGGGCAGCCCCCUAGAGAGCACGGACGGAGAGCGGCUUGUCAAGUCCCCACAGUGCACCAACCCUGGCCUGUGUGUCCAGCCACACCACAUCGGAGUGUCUGUCAAGGAGCUGGACCUCUACCUUGCCUACUUUGUCCACACGCCAGAAUCUGGACAAUCAGACAGCUCCAGCCAACAGGGAGACACAGACAUCAAACCACCACCCAAUGGACACCUGAGUUUCCAGGACUGCUUCGUCACCUCAGGAGUGUGGAAUGUGGCAGAGCUAGUCAGAGUGUCACAGACCCCUGUAGCCACGGCGUCGGGGCCUAACUUCUCACUGGCUGAGCUGGAUAGCAGUCCCAGCUACUACAACAUUAACCAGGUGGCUCUGGGACGGCGCUCACUCACCUCCCCUCCUUCCACCAGGUCUGAGGUGGAGUUGUACGCAAAUCUUCCACGGAGCUCCACCAAGAGGAAGUCCUUAGAUGACAGUGAGAUGGAGAGCCCCACAGAUGAUGUUUUUUAUCCUGGACGUUCACCUGCUGCCAGCUCUUCCCAGUCCAGUGCGUGGCCUAAUGACAUGGAUGCAGUGCAGCACCAUUUGGCGAGUGUGCAGGAGAGGAAGAUAAAACAUGAAAACGAUGGCGUGCAGUUUCCUUACCAUGGACUGUCCUCGCCUGGUUCACUUAAGAAGCCGGGGAAGUUUGAUUUCAACGCCCUGACUUCCCAGACGAGGUCCCCCCGCAUGGCGUUCACACACCACCCGCUGCCUGUGCUGGCAGGAGUGAGACCAGGGAGCCCUCGUGCCUCAGCUUCAGCCCUGCACUUCCCUUCCUCCUCUAUCAUCCAGCAGUCCAGCCCAUACUUCACCCAUCCUACCAUACGAUACCAUCACCAGGACCCACUUAAGGAUUUUGUGCAGUUUGUGUGCACGGAUGGCACAGGACAGCCCAGUGCACAGCCUAAUGGAGGUGGCCAGAGCAAAAUGCCGGGCUCCUUCCUGCUGCCCCCGCCACCCCCAGUGGCACGCCCUGUGCCCCUCCCCAUGCCCGACUCUAAAACCAUCAGCACGCCCACUGACGGUGGACUCAGCUCACCCGCAUCUCCGUCAUACUCCACGCCAGGCUCCACAGCUCCCAACCGGUUUGUCGGCAUCGGAACACGGGACAACUUUCUGAAUAUCCCCCAGCAGACUCAGUCCUGGUUCCUCUGACAAGGCCUCUCUAAAUCAACAGCUAAAUGUGUGUCAUGAAAAUUGGAAAUCUGAAAAAACAAAACAACAAAAAAAGCAAACCCCUUCUGAUAAAGAACAAACUGCUGACACUAAAAAGGUCUCACUGGCCAAACACUAUUGAAAGUACUACUACAGAAAACAUGGAAAAACCCCACAAAGCCCCAAGAGGACGCCCACUCCAACACGAUUCGAAUAGGACUGUUUGUCCCCUUUUCACGGAGGACGCUCCAAUGAGACUGUGUGGACAGACUCGGAAUACAGGGAAGAGGAAGAGGAGGAGCUGUCUCACAAACACUUUGAAACGCCAGAAAGGAAACGCGAUGUAAAAACCUGACAAAUGACCAAUUUAACAUUUGUUUAUCUUUCUUUUAUAUACAUAUAUUAUAUAUUUCUUUUACAUUUUGUUGUCUCCACAAUGAAACUCCAUGCAUUGGCUAGGAGAUCCAAAAAAAAAUGAACAAGUAACGGCAAAUGGUGGAGUGGGAUGUGCAAGUUGAAAAUAUUACUACCUGCAUUGCAUAUGUGCAUAUCCAUGAGUUUCCUGCACAUCUCUCCUUCAGCACCACAGUCCCACCUUACACCCACUGCCCUACAUUGUCCCAUCACAGCUGGGGCUCAAGAGUUAAGUUAACCACAGCCUCAUACCCUCUGCGUCAGCACACCCUGCUGCUCGACUCACUCAGACCUGAGCCCCCUUUCAUUUCCGAUUGGCCAAUCAUGGUGACACCAUCUGAUGGUGUGACAUAUAUGCACUAAGUGGCUGGUCUUUGUUUACCUGUCGAAGAAUCAGGGCAUCCUGCUCGUGGGAGAAGUGAAAUCCAUGAGGCGAGUGCAAGAAAGUGAACACACGACAGACAGUCAUAACACUAACUCUACAUGUGCUCUUUCGUCCCCUCACCUAUGCACUAUUAGUUUUUAAUAAGGGAUGAAUAAUGUUGCACAUCAGUGGUCAGAUGAGUGAGUGGAGAAGUGAGAAGAGGUUGGCUGUCACUGUAGAGAUGAAGCUGUGUUUAAUGUCUCGGCCCUAAAGAUGACAAGCAUUCCCGACCACAAGCACACACACAACCACCUUAUUAUCCAUCAACAGCAGUGCACAUACAGCAUCAGCUUCAGUUUAUUAGCUUUAAUUUUGUUUUUCUUGCAAUUUCUUUCAGAUUUGGUUUUGGGUUUCCACCUGGAUUGUUUUGCACCUUCUCUUGCAUGUCAUAGGACCAUUCGUUUCUGUAGUUUGCAGUUAUUCAUUCAGUAGCACAUUCAGACUUUAGCAGCAGUUUCUCAAACUUCUCACAAACGGACAGCACCGUGACCUCAGCUCAUCACAUGCAUCCCUUGCAUUGCUUCACGCUGUAUCCCAGUCACAUGAACAUCCAUCAGACACACACAGAAAAUGCACACUAAAACCACCGGCAACCUGAAGAAAAAGGGAAGCCUUUUAAAUUUGGUUCUCCAAAUCGCCUUUGUUAAUGGUUUUUCAUUCAUUUAAGAGUUGUCUUUUUAAUUUGAACUGUUUUUAUGUAAAUGUUCACACUAGAAUCGCUGUUAUCAUGACACAAUCCAACAAAAAAAAAAAGCUGACCUCACAAAAUAACUGGACUGCCGGGCUCUUAGUUCUGUUUUGCAGGGAUAGUAAACUGGGCUGAGAGGUCUCUCUGAGCCUCUGUACAAACAUAAGCUCUGUGUACAGCAAGCUUACGACUAUAUAUGGAAGUGCCUCUGUAUUCCCUUCAUGCAAUUAGUAGUUACUUCAGGUUCUCUUCCCGUGUAUAAGCUAAAGCUACAGGGAAUGUUGUUGGUGCAUGUGGAAAUCAUUGGCCCAGGAUGGAUGUUCAUAGAGGACUGCAACCAUUUUUUUUUAUUUCUUAUAAAGACAGAGAGAUAAUAUACAUAUAUAUUUAUGAUGUAAGUUCCUUUUCCACUUUUACUCCUCAAGCUUGUUGGCAGUCUAGUUAUUUUCUGAACUCUCAACGGCCCCACACACACAGUCUGUUCCAGUAAUAUUGCCUUACUGUUACGAAUCAAAACGACACACACAUCGCCAUCUGCAUUAUAAUACCUAGAUGACCAUGUUGGGAAAAAAAAAAAAAAUCGACCGUAGGUUUGAAGAAAAGUGUUUGUUUUUGAUGGAAAGUAUUAUUAUUGAAAAAUAUGUGUCGAUUGAGCCACGUGCAAUGCAUUGGGUAGAUCAUUGUGUUUGUCUGUUAGAGAUUUUUAAGAAAGCUACGAGAAAAGAGAAAAAAAAUUGUAUUUGUUUGAAGUCCCUAAGCUCCGGGACUCUAAACUAGAGGGCCAUGAAAAAUCCUAGUCUUUGUAAGUUGGGGGUAUUUGUUUUUCUUUCUUUUGUCUCUCUUUUUUUAAUGUUUAAUGUGUAAUCAUUUGUUUAUAAAAAUGUGGGAGGGCUGAAGGAAAACAAAAUAAUCUACACUUCAAAACAGAAUCUAUCAAAUGAAAACUGGUGCUUUUAACACUAUAAAUUCAGAUUCCUUUUGAGAACUAUUAUAAAUGAACAAAAAUAACAGACCGUUUCAGAAACAGCAUUAUUCCGCUCUCUUUGUAUUCUUCUCUUUGUAUCUAGUAUGGGGAGAGGUUCCUGUUCCUUAAGGUUGUGACACAAAAGGCAUUUUGGUUCAACCUUUCGAAAGAAACAAAUCCUAAUCAGAAAACGUAGCCAUGCACUGCCUGAAAGUCACCAGCAAAAGUGAAUCAACCCCCCUCCGGUUUUGUUCUUUUUUUCCCCCUCAAAUAUUGGCAUAAACACAACUAAAACUGAUUCUCUUCCUCCUGAUAUUGGGGUUCUGGCGCUGACGUGGUUACCGAACUUCUGUACAGAUAACAGAAAGAGAAAAGGGGCAAAAUAGCAUCUAAUCAGGCAGAAAUAUGAGGUUUGAGCCAUUUAUAAAGCAGUCAGCAAGGUGAGCCUCUCCCCCUUCCCUUUCCACUCCCUCCUUUGUAAAUGAUGACUCUUAUAGUGCUUGUGCUGUAGUGUAUAGUUUCCCAGCUGUAAAGGUUGUCCCUUGAAAGUGCCUUUUGUUCACAGACUCCAUUUUGUAAUUCAAAAUGCCCCUUUUUUGGGUUUUUUUUUUGGGGUGGGGGGUGGAGGGGUGGCUUUAGGUUGUAGGUUCCCCCUGAGUGUCACCAGGUUGCUGCCCAAUCAGCGCUCAGGGAAAACUUCUCCCUCUGGCUGUAAAUGACCCCCCACCCCACUCCUCCAACGUUCCUCCCCUCUAUCCUUACUUCAUUUUCAAAGCUGUGUAUCUAUAUGUUUAUAAUAUAUAUAUAGAUAUGCGCCUUUGUAAAGUACAAAAGAAAAACUGGUGUGAAUUAGUUCUUUACUUUUUAUUGAUAACAAAAAAAUUUAAAUAAGCAAAAAAAAAAAAAAUUGUUCUUGUUCAACUCUUGCUUUUGAUUUUUUUUCCUCUGUCUCCACUGUCUGUUUUCUCUUAGACACUGGAGUAGUCUGUAACUGUGUCCGUCUCUCUCGCGCGCGCUCUCCCGCCCUCUCCGCUGUGGUGAGGGAAAAAUAGAAGAAAAAAAAAAAGAAAAAAAUAUUUGCAGAGGAACUUUUUUGUCUGAGCAGAAUGCAGUUAGCUCACAUGUUAUUCUUGUCUGUAUGCUUCACAUUGUAUUACCAUACCCAUCUUCUUCAGCUUCUCCAUUCAGCAGCUAAUGUAAGUGAACAAAUUACGCUGACGGGCUUUUGGGGGUGUCCUUGGGUGGGCUCAGCAGGGACGCCAGGGUUUAAUGGGUGUGUGUGUGGGAGAGAGGUUUACAGAGACGACUGAUGGGGUCCAGAGGGCUGAACGAAUUGCUUUGGGAGGUUGAUAAGGGGCUGCUCAGGCUAGGAUAAGAAUUUGAUCUAUUGUUUUACCUAUUUAUAUUUUGGCUUUGUUUUUUCCCCCUCUUUUGUUCCCUUUUAAUUAGGAUUUGUUUUUCAUAUUUGCUAUCAGGGUAUGCUGUCAAUUAGGCUCCCUAUGAGGAGGCUUCGGACUGUAAAAUUAAAGCUACAAGCACCUUAUAACCGGAAAUGUCCCACAUGAGGCUGAAAGGGGUGGGUUUUUUUCUGCAUUGAAACCUCAUAUCAAUUCUAACCAAACUUUUCAAAGUAAAGUAUUGUUUACGGCGGGUUUUAAACUCUGCAAACCUCAGCAAUAUUAGCCACCUACCACACAAUAACCAGAUCACUAAAAUGCCACCAAAAACCUGACCUCUCAGCUUUUAGAGGAUUCAGGAAAGUCCCUCCACAUUUCCCCUCUGAGCACCUCAUGCCGGACUGCUCCGUGUCUUUGUUUUGUUGUUUAUUUUGGUCUUCUGAUCUUCUUAAAUGUGUGUGGUUACUGGCGAAACAGGCAGUCCUCCCCAGCCCUCAGUGCCCCCCUGACCCCUUGAUUCCCAGCUCUUCUACACCCCUGUCAGUAUCCUCAGUGCAGCCCCACUUUUCUUUGUAAGAACACCCCCAGAGCUCUAGGUGAAAUGCAUGUGUUAAUUACAGUUUCUUUUCCAUAAGAUGAAAAACACAGUUUGAGAAGAGCAGCACCUGAUUGAAUAAAAAGGAUGUUCUUGACUGUA